CUCCACGGACCGCCAGUGGCACGUCCCCCACUUCGAGAAGAUGCUCUGUGACCAGGCACAGCUUGCAGUGGUCUAUUCACAGGCCUUCCAGAUCUCUGGUGAUGAAUUCUACUCUGACGUUGCCAAAGGCAUCCUGCACUAUGUGGCUCGGAGCCUGAGCCACCGGUCUGGAGGCUUCUACAGUGCGGAGGAUGCAGACUCACCCCCAGAGCGGGGCAUGCGGCCCAAAGAGGGUGCCUUCUACUUGUGGACCGUCAAGGAGGUCCAGCAACUCCUCUCUGAGCCUGUGCUGGGCGCCACGGAGCCGCUGACCUCAGGCAAGCUCCUCAUGAAGCACUACGGACUCACGGAGGCCGGCAACAUCAGCUCCAGUCAGGACCCCAAGGCGGAGCUACAGGGCCAGAACGUGCUGACCGUCCGGUACUCGCUGGAGCUGACGGCCGCCCGCUUCGGCUUGGGCGUGGAGGCUGUCCAGACCAUGCUCAACACCGGGCUGGAGAAGCUCUCGCAGGCCCGGAAACAUCGGCCGAAGCCGCACCUGGACAGCAAGAUGCUGGCUGCCUGGAACGGUCUGAUGGUGUCUGGCUAUGCUGUGACCGGGGCUGUCCUGGGGCAGGACAGGUUGAUCAACUAUGCCACCAACGGUGCCAAGUUCCUGAAGCGGCACAUGUUUGACGUGGCCAGCGGCCGCCUGAUGCGCACCUGCUAUGCCGGAUCUGGGGGGACCGUGGAGCACAGUAACCCGCCCUGCUGGGGCUUCCUGGAGGACUACGCCUUCGUGGUGCGGGGCCUACUGGACCUGUACGAGGCCUCGCAGGAGAGCUCGUGGCUCGAGUGGGCUCUGCGGCUGCAGGACACGCAGGACAGGUUCUUCUGGGACUCCCGGGGCGGUGGCUACUUCUGCAGCGAGGCCGAGCUGGGGGCUGGCUUGCCCCUGCGGCUGAAGGACGACCAGGAUGGUGCUGAGCCCAGUGCCAAUUCCGUGGCGGCCCACAACCUGCUUCGGUUGCAUGGCUUCACGGGCCACAAGGACUGGAUGGACAAGUGCGUGCGCCUAUUGACCGCAUUCUCUGAGCGCAUGCGCCGUGUCCCGGUGGCAUUGCCCGAGAUGGUCCGCGCCCUCUCAGCUCACCAGCAGACCCUCAAGCAGAUCGUGAUCUGUGGAGACCGCCAGGCCAAGGACACCAAGGCUCUGGUGCAAUGUGUCCAUUCCAUUUACGUCCCUAACAAGGUGCUGAUUCUGGCCGAUGGGGACCCCUCGAGCUUCCUGUCCCGCCAGCUGCCCUUCCUGAGUACCCUGCGACGGCUGGAAGACCGGGCCACUGCCUAUGUGUGUGAGAAUCAGGCCUGCUCCAUGCCCAUCACUGAGCCCUGCGAACUACGAAAACUGCUCCAUCAGUGACUUUCCCGACCCCGUUGGGCUGGGGCGGAAGGUGGAGCUUCCCGACUGACCAGAUGCUCAGGCCCUGCAGGGCCCUGCAGAACCUGCGGUUAUCCCUGAGCACCCUGUCACCAGGUGACCUUGGCCCCCCUCGCUGCCCUGCCAUGGGCACCCACUCACCCUGGAAUAAACCUAACAGUGUCCCGUGGUAAA